AUGAUCUCCCGAGAGACCCUCCUCGAGCUCGGCUUCUUCAAGAUGAUCCAGGAGUUCGACGACCACGAGGCUUCUCGUGAAGGUCUCGGCUUCCGCAUUCUCGAGCCCAAGACUAUCGCCAAACAUUUUGAAGACAUCGGUCUCGACCCUGAAAUCGCUAUGCACAACGAGAUCUCCGGUCUUUCCGGUGGCCAAAAGGUCAAGGUCGUCCUUGCCGGUGCCAUGUGGAACAACCCGCACUUGCUCGUGCUGGACGAGCCUACUAACUUCUUGGACCGUGACUCGCUCGGUGGUCUCGCCGUGGCCAUUCGCGACUUCAAGGGUGGUGUAGUCAUGAUUUCUCACAACGAGGAGUUCGUCGGCGCUCUUUGCCCUGAGCAGCUGCACAUUGCCGACGGUCGCAUCACCGCUCGCACCAACACUGCCAUCGCGCUGGACCGGUUCGAGGACAGCGCCGCUAGCUCUCCUCAGCCUGGUAGUACGGCCGCCAGCUCCGUCGUCAACAGCGCUGCUGCUUCUGCUGCUGCUUCUGCCGCCAACUCCGGCGCUGAGGAUCAGGGCGAGCUCAAGUUCCGCGCUCGCAAGAAGAAGAAGAUGACCCGUGCCCAGGUCAAGGAGCGAGAGGCUCGUCGCCGUCUUCGUCACAUUGAGUGGCUUAACAGUCCCAAGGGCACACCCAAGCCCGUUGAUACCGACGAUGAGGCCGAAUAA